GCCAUGAUCAGCACCUCUAGCGACCACUCUUCGAAUAAGACAAAAAUCAACAAGACCAAAGCAAUGAUUUUACUGUUUGUACAGUUUGUGGUUGUAGAAUUUUUAGUGUAGUGUUUCCAGUGGAAAUAGCCAUUAGCUGCUAAUUGAAAAAAAAAACCUGCUGGUAUUAAAUCGCACCUCCCCGUAAAAUAGUGCGCCUUAACUGUAACUGUAUACAACGUGUGUAUGUGUGUGUGUGUGAUUAAAAACCGUGGCACACACUGUAUAAUCUAAAAUUCCAUAAUUACUAUGGAAUGAGUGAUUUUAGUAGAUGAUGGGAAAAAUCAACAAUAAGAGCGGCGUCGAAAUAAUCCCCUUGAAUGAGGUAAACCACAGGAAUAAUCGUUCACGUGUAAUCGGUGGAAAUACUCCAGAUAGAAGGUUAAAAAUGGACAGAAUGCCCUACAUGUCUGACCCUACUUUAGUUCCUAGAGUACAAAAGUAUUUGGAGUCCAAUGUUGACAAAACCUUCGUCGAUAUCAAUGUUAUGGCAGAUGACUUGCAACGGAGCUAUCGCGAAUACGCCCGACUGAAACGAAACGCCUUUAGGGCACAAGUGAAAAAAGCCUAUUCAAUAGUCCUCCAAAGCUAUGGCUUGGAGGACCAAGACAACAGCUCAAGUGAAGACGAGGACGAUUCCGAGGACAGUGCCCCUGAAGCGAGCACUUUCCAUAAUAACUCCCUUAACAACCAGUUGGUGAAUUUGUACAACCGACCACAAGUCCCCAAACAAAUCGACGAAAAUGAACUGAUUGACAUAAGUAGUGACGAUUCAGAAGCACCAGCUUACAAUGAUAAGCCCAGUAACGGCCCUUCGACAUCACAAAAGGAGUCCCAAGCCCUACCAACGUACCAAAACAACACAAAUAGUAAAAAAGUCGAUGCUAACAAAGACCGGUAUCAGUAUUUCGGCCGCAAACGCAAAGCCGAGACCGUGGGUCUCACCCCCUAUCAGAGUACCCCAAAAAAGAAAAAAUCCUUGGCCACUUUACAGGAACCUUCAGUGUCUUUCAAAGACAUAGGGGGCAUGGAUAAAAUCCUGGAGGAUGUUUGCAAAUUGUUGAUCCAUGUACGCCACCCGGAGGUUUACAGACAGAUCGGGAUCUCGCCCCCGAGGGGGUUCCUCCUGCACGGGCCUCCCGGGUGCGGCAAGACGCUCCUAGCCAACGCCAUCGCAGGGGAGAUCGGCGUUCCUCUGUUGAAAGUCGCGGCCCCGGAACUAGUGGCCGGUGUUUCCGGUGAAAGCGAGGAGCGAAUCCGGGAGCUUUUCGAACGAGCCAUUUUCUCCACCCCUUGUAUCCUAUUUAUCGAUGAAAUCGAUGCGAUUACGCCAAAUCGGCAAAAUGCCCAAAAGGAGAUGGAGAGGCGAAUUGUUGCUCAAUUGCUUAGUUGCCUUGAUGACUUGAGUCAGAAUGAAUGUGGGGACAGAGUUCUGGUUAUUGGUGCUACUAAUCGACCAGAUGCUAUAGACCCGGCCUUAAGACGCGCCGGUCGUUUUGAUCGCGAAAUCUGUCUGGGAAUCCCCGAUGUCCAAGCCAGGGUCCAAAUUUUGAAGGUUUUGACUGCGAAAUUGAAACUGAGUGAAGAUUUCGAUUAUGACUUUCUGGCCAAACAUACGCCGGGAUAUGUGGGGGCUGAUUUGAUGUCGCUGACAAGGGAGGCGGCCAUGGCGGCGGUUAAUAGAAUGUUGAACAAGCUCAAAGAGCAACACAAACUCGCACAAAUCGUGGCAGCGGAGAAAGCCCUCGAAGAAAAACAGAAACAAGAGACUGCGAAAGAAGAAACAAACGAAGUGAAUAAGAGCGAUCCCGAGAUCAUAGUCGACGACGAUCCUAAAACCGAACCACCGAAAGAAUCUCCGAUUGUGGUAAUCGAUGAGGAAGUGAAACAAAAUGACACACCUUCGACUUCUGAAGCCGUCAAUGGUCACCUUUUAGCUGAAGAAAAAACACCACCUGAAGAGCCAAUGCCUGUCGACGUGGAAAAACAAAACAAUCCACUUAAAGACUUGAUGAUGUGGUUGCACGACAAAUCGCCAUUAUCCAGCGAAGAAUUAUCAUCGUUAUGUAUCACAAUGGAGGAUUUUAAUCAAGCAUUAAAGUGUGUCCAACCUUCGGCAAAAAGAGAGGGUUUUGCGACGGUGCCUGAUGUUAGUUGGGACGAUGUCGGAUCACUAAAUUCAGUCAGAGAGGAGCUCCAAAUGGCUAUUUUAGCCCCCAUAAGACACAUUGAACAUUUCAAAGAACUGGGCUUGAACACACCCACCGGUGUUUUAUUGUGUGGACCGCCAGGUUGUGGCAAAACACUCCUAGCUAAAGCUAUGGCCAACGAGGCCGGUAUUAACUUUAUUUCAGUCAAAGGACCAGAACUACUAAACAUGUAUGUGGGUGAGAGCGAGCGGGCGGUGCGUGUGUGUUUCGAACGGGCACGAAACUCCGCCCCUUGUGUCAUAUUUUUCGACGAAUUGGACGCCAUCUGCCCCAAAAGAUCGGACAGCAGAGAGGGCGGGGCUACGAUGCGUGUCGUUAAUCAAAUGUUGACCGAAAUGGACGGUGUACAAGACCGACAAGGCGUUUACCUCCUUGCUGCCAGUAACAGACCUGACAUUGUGGAUCCUGCAGUCUUAAGGCCGGGCCGUUUUGACAAAAUCUUGUUUGUCGGUUUGCCUACAGCAAGUGACCGAAUUGAGAUUUUGAGGGCUAUUACCCGAAACGGUACAAGACCGCGUCUCGCCCCCGACGUCGAUCUUGAAGCUAUAGCCUCUUCGGAGCAAUGUCGGGGGUACACAGGGGCUGAUUUGGCCGCGUUGGUUAAGGAAGCCGGAAUUGUGGCUUUGAAGGAGUUUAUGUUGUGUGGGGACACACAGAAGUCUUUGGUUGUUAAUAUGGAACAUUUUACUAGAGCUAUUGCGAAAAUUAGACCAUCUGUGCCUGAGAAGGAUCAAAAACAUUAUGAAAAGUUGCGGAAGAUGUAUGCCGCGGUUCCUGAAAAUGAAGUUGAGGAGAUGGAAUAUUCUUAAGCAGUAUUUGGGCUUUAAUAAGACUCGAAUUUCGAACUUUAGUAUCGGCAGUGAAUCAUUUAUUGAAUUGAUUUGGUACUGAAGUGCUUAUGUUUAGUGUUAUUUCUUAGAACAAUGUACAAUAAUUAACGAUUUGUUGUCCCCAAUAUUUUGUUUACUUAUUAAAAAAAUGUAGGCGCAUUAAGGCGAACUAAAUAAUAAACACUACAAAUAAAUAUUUUUACGUUUUACACAAAUUGUAUUUUUAUAUUUUGUGGUGGUAACUCGCUUACCAGUUAAGUUAUGUAUCUUCUAUCUAAGGGUGUCACUGCAAAGAUUGUGCAAAUAGUUGUAAAAAAUUUAUAACGAAGAAAUAUGCUAAGAUUGAGUGAAAUAAAAGUUCAUACUGUAGA